AAUGAAAAAAAAAGUACAACUUUUUAGACGGUCCCUAACUUGUUUGCCACGCUACACGUUAGACAUUCUGGACCCCUUUGGACGUUCGGAAUAAUAAACAUAUAGAGGCCAGCGUUGUCAGGAGUGAUUGGAUGUUCUGAAGUGAUCUGAAGGAAACGGACUAUCCAUCUAAGAUGAGUGUCUUGGAGAAACAGAGUGUAAGCUCACAUGUGUCCAGCUCUGUGUCUGUGAAGAGUGACCGGUCACGUGAUCCACCAAUAAACUUCAGUGAGAAAACAUCACAGACCAAAAGUGUAAGAUCAGGCUCACAUGUGUCCAGCUCUGUGUCUGCGAAGAGUGACCAGUCUAAAGAUGAACCACUGAAAUUCAGUGAGAAAAAAACAUCACCAAAUAAAAGGGUUCAACAUGAGAAAUCAGGCACAAAGGUUCAGAAUGGCCACUUCUACAAGAAGUUCAGAGAAAAUCUCCACAGCAUAUUCCAGCAUCUUGAGGACAAAAUAAUAACAUUUUUGAAGUACGAGCUGGAAAAGUUUAAGAAAAUAUUAAAAAAGGAAAACACACAAUACUUUGUGAGAGAUAAAGAUGACAUGUGCAGUAUCAAAGAAGCAGCUCUUGAUCUUGCACUCUACUUCCUGAGAGAUAUGAAGCAAGAUGAAGCUGCUGAUACUCUGGAAGAUAAGCUGGUCUUCAUGCAUCUCAAAUCAAACCUAAAGAAAAAGUAUCAACGUGUGUUUGAAGGAAUUGCAAAACAAGGUGACGCUACACUUCUGAAUAACAUCUACACAGACCUCUAUAUCACUCAGGGUUGUAGUGAACAGGUCAAUACUGAACAUGAGGUAAGACAGAUUGAAGUUACUUCCAGGCGUCAUGAAUCACAAGAGAUACAGGUUGAAUGCACUCAUUUAUUUAAACCUGGAAAAGACAAGAAGAUAAAAACUGUAUUAACAAAAGGAGUUGCUGGAAUCGGAAAAUCAGUCUCUGUGCAAAAGUUUGUUCUGGAUUGGGCUGAAGGAAAAGAAAAUCAAGAUAUCAGCUUCAUAUUUCCUCUUCCAUUCAGAGAGAUGAACUUACAGGAUAAAGAAAAACAAAGUUUGAUGGACCUUAUAACUCAGUUUUUCCCAGAGACAAAAGGACUGAACCUUGCAAAGAGGAAUAUGUACAAAGUCCUGUUCAUCCUUGAUGGAUUGGAUGAAUUUCGUCUUCCUCUAAACUUUAAGGAUAAUGAGAUAUUGUGUGAUGUAUUGUCACCAGCAUCACUGGAUGUUCUUCUGACGAAUCUCAUCAAGGGAAAUCUGCUUCCUUCUGCUCUCAUCUGGAUCACCACCAGACCAGCAGCUGCCAGUAAGAUUCCUCCUGACUGUAUCGAUCGACUUACAGAGAUACGAGGAUUCAAUGAUGCACAAAAGGAGGAGUACUUCAGAAAAAGAUUCAAAAAUGAGAAUCAGGCCAAAGAAAUCAUUGAUCAUGUUAAAAAAUCAAAGAGUCUCUUUAUCAUGUGCCACAUCCCAGUCUUCUGCUGGAUUUCAGCCACUGUUCUCCAAAACAUUUUGGAAAUGAAAACAAAUAAUGAUCUGAAGAACAAUCAGUCUAAUGACGCCUUCAAAACACUUCAGGAAUCAAACACUGUAGACACUCCCAAGACUCUGACACAAAUGUACACACACUUUCUCCGCUUUCAGAUCCAGCAGAGCAGACGAAAAUAUGAUGGAGAUUACACACCAGAUGUUUCCUGGGAUAAAGAUGCCAUUCUUUCAUUGGGGAAACUGGCAUUUCAACAACUGGAAAGAAACAAUGUGAUCUUCUAUGAAUCAGACCUGGAAGCCUGUGGUAUUGACGUCUAUAAAGCAUCUGUGUAUUCAGGCAUGUGUACCCAGAUCUUUAAGGAGGAAACAGGGAUCAUUCUUGGUACCAUGUACUGCUUUGUUCACUUGAGCAUUCAAGAGUUCAUUGCAGCCCUUUAUGCACAUCUGUUUCUAGACAUGAACAAGAAAAGUGUGUUUGUUCAUGAGUCUGCAAAACAAGACAGCAAAAAGCAAACCUUGACUGAUUUGCUCAAGACUGUAGUUGACAAAGCGCUUGAGAGUGACAAUGGACAUCUGGACCUUUUCCUUCGUUUUCUUCUUGGCCUGUCAAUCCAGUCCAAUCGGCUGCUGUUACAAGGUCUGUUGACACAGCAAGAUGAAAAUGACCAAAGCAAAAAGGAAAUUGUUCAGUACAUCAAGCAGAAAUUUGAAGCUAAUCUGUCACCAGAGAGAUCCAUCAAUCUGUUCUACUGUCUGAAUGAACUGAAUGAUCAAACUCUGGUGAAAGAGAUUCAGACCCACCUUAGCAAAGGAAGUCUCUCACCUGCUGAACUUUCUCCUGGUCAGUGGUCUGCUUUGGCCUUUGUGCUGUUGACAUCAAAGGAAGAGCAGGAGGAGUUUGAGCUUCAGAAAUUCAAGAAAUCAGAUGAGUGUCUUAUUAGAUUAUCAGCAGUCAUCAAAAACUCCAAAAUAGCUCUGCUGAAUGAUUGUGAAUUAACAGUCAGAAGCUGUUCAGCUCUGGCUACAGUUCUUGGUUCAGAUACCAAUCUGAAAGAGCUGAACAUGAACAAUAACAAUCUGCAGGAUUCAGGAGUGAAGCUGCUCUGCACUGGACUAGAAAAUUUAAAGUGUGAACUGGAGAUACUUAGACUCUCUGACUGUGGUAUCACUGAAGAGGGUUAUAAAGCUCUGGCUUCAGCUCUGAGAUCAAACCCUUCACACCUGAUAGAGCUGGAUCUCGCGGGAAAUGAUCCUGGACAAUCAGGAGUGAAGGAGCUCAGUGAUUUACUGCAGGAUCCAAACUGUCAGCUGAAGACACUGAGGUUUUUGAGACCUGAUGCAAAUGAAGCAUGUCAGUAUGUGACUGGAGUUGUGGGUAAAAAUCCAUUACUCCUGAGAGAACUGAAUCUGAGUGAAAAUGAACUAGGAGUCACACGAUUGAAUCAGAUCACUGCUUUACUGCAGGAUAAACACUGUAAACUCAACACACUACAGCUGCGUGGUUGUGGUCUAACAGAAGAAAGCUGUUCAAUUCUCACUACAGUCCUGAGAUCAAACUGCAGUCUGAAAGAACUUGACAUGAGCAACAAUAAUCUGCAAGAUUCAGGAGUGAAGAAACUCCAGAAUGGAUUAGAAGAUACAAACUGCACACUGGAGAAACUUGGACUUUCAGACUGCAGUAUCACUGAAGAAGGUUAUAAAGCUCUGGCUUCAGCUCUGAGAUCAAACCCUUCACACCUGAUAGAGCUGGAUCUCAGAGGAAAUGAUCCUGGACAAUCAGGAGUGAAGGAGCUCAGUGAUUUACUACAGGAUCCAAACUGUCAACUGAAGACACUGAGGUUUUUGGGACCUGAUGCAAAUGAAGCCUGUCAGUAUGUGACUGGAAUUGUGGGUAAAAACCCGUUACUCCUGAGAGAACUGAAUCUGAGUGAACAUGAACUAGGAGACACACGAGUGAAUCAGAUUGCUGCUCUACUGCAGGAUACACACUGUAAACUCAACACACUGAUUCUGAAUAACAGCGAUAUCACAGAAGAAGGUUGUCAUGUUCUGGCUGCAGCUCUGAAUUCAAAUCCAUCAAAUCUGAAAGAGCUGAAUCUGAGUAAGAAUAAACUAGGAAACUCAGGAAUGAAGAUUAUUUUGACUCUGUUUGAAAAUGUAAAGUGUAGACUGGAAAAGCUGAAGUUGAACUUCAUCAGUAUUACAGGUGAAGGUUGUGCUGCUCUGGCAUCAGCAUUUAAUUCAAACCUCAGAGAGCUGGAUCUGAGCGAGAAUCAACUAGGAAACUUAGGAGUAACAGAAAUCUCCAGUCUGCUGAGAAAUUCACAAUGCACACUACAGAUACUCAGACUUUCAGACUGCAGUAUCACUGAAGAAGGUUAUAAAGCUCUGGCUUCAGCUCUGAGAUCAAACCCUUCACACCUGAUAGAGCUGGAUCUCACAGGAAAUGAUCCUGGACAAUCAGGAGUGAAGCAGCUCAGUGAUUUACUACAGGAUCCAAACUGUCAACUGAAGACACUGAGGUUUUUGGGUCCUGCUGCAAAUGAAGCCUGCCAAUAUGUGAUAAAAGUUCAGGGUGAAAACCCAUUACUCCUGAGAGAACUGAAUCUGAGUGAACAUGAACUAGGAGACACACGUGUGAAUCAGAUUGCUGCUCUACUGCAGGAUAAACACUGUAAACUCAACGCACUAAUUCUGCGUGGAUGCCGUAUUACAGAGAAACAGUGUUUCAUCCUGACUUCAGUUUUGAAAUCAAACCCAUCACACCUGAGAGAGUUGGAUCUGAGUGGAAAUAAUAUAGAAAACAAAGGAGUGAAGCACUUAUCUGAUCUACUGAUUGAUCUCCACUGUAAAAUGGAGAGACUGAGGUUCAGAGGCUGUGAUAUAACAGAUGAAGGAUGUUCUGCUCUGACUUCAGCUCUGAAAUCAAACCCAUCACACCUGAGAGAACUGGACCUGAGUGAGAAUAAACUUGGAGACUCUGGAUUUGAAAACAUUAGCAAUCUACUGAUGAUCCCACAAUGCAAGCUGGAAAUACUAGCACUGUAUAAAUGCAGUAUUAAAGAGAAGCAGUGUGUCUUCCUGACUUCAGCUCUGAAAUCAAACCCGUCACACCUGAGAGAACUGGACCUGAGUGGAAAUGUACUUAAACACACAAGAGUGAAUAAAUUGUAUGAUAUACUGAAGGAUUCACGAUUAAAACUGGAAAGAUUGAGGUUAAGGUACUGUGCUAUAAAAGCUGAAGAUUGUUCAGCUCUGACUUCAGCUCUGAAAUCAAACCCAUCACAUCUGAGAGAGCUGGCCUUGAGUGGGAAUGAACUUGGUCAGUUGGGAGCAACAAACCUCUGUGAUAUACUGAUGAAUCCACAAUGCAAGCUGGAAAAGCUAGAUCUGUGUAGAUGCAGUAUUACAGAGAAACAGUGUCUCAUCUUGACUUCAGCUCUGAAAUCAAACCCGUCACACCUGAGAGAGCUGAACCUAAGUGUGAAUCAACUAGGAGACUCUGGAGUUGAAAGCCUUGGAGUUCUGUUGGGCAGUUCAGAAUGCAAACUGGAAAAAAUACAUCUGUGUGGGUGCAGAAUUACAGAGAAACAUUGUCUCAUCCUGACUUCAGAACUGUGUUCAAACCUUUCACACCUGAGAGAACUGGACCUCAGUGGGAAUAAAAUAGAAAACAAAGGAGUGCAGAUCCUGUGUGACAUACUGAAUAGUUCACACUGUGAACUGGAGAGAUUGAGGUCAGUGACACUCAAAAACAAAAGUAUAAUAAUAAAUAAAUUCAACAUUGCAAUUUAGCAAACACUUAUCUCAUAUUGAGUCUGGGUUCACAUUACGAGGGUGCUACGGAGGCCACAUCCUACACGAACAGAGGUGACAUGUGGAGACAUCAAUAUGGACAAACCCAGGUCUUGGGCAAGCUAACACCAGUACUGGGCCUGGCAUCAGGCUGCUCUGCGCAGUUUGACUGCCACGGGUGCUUGUGGAACUCCACCAGGGUUCGCCAUCCGGGGAACUUUACUGAAGGAGGAUAGUGGCACUCGUAUCAUUGCUGGGU